AUGCCAACCAGCUUCCCCUGCCCUUCUCUAACCAACCCCUCCCUCCGCUUCUCCUACACCAUCGCCCGCGGCGAACAAGGCGUCCUGACCUUCGAGCCCUACAAAUCCAUCCUCCUCCCCCACUGGCGCUUCCGCACCGUCCCCAUCGCCCAGACCUCCUCGGAAACGCUCAAAUCCGCCUUCGACCGCUAUGUCGAACGGGGAGAUUUCGUGGGGGCGGAUAUGGCUCGCAAGUUCAUCCAGAUGGGGAUGACGCGGGCGAAACGAUAUGCGAAUCACAAGGGUGGGAGGAAAUAUGAUCGGACUGCGAGGGAGGUGGACGCGGAAGGGGGGAAGAGGGUGGAAUUGCCGAAGAGUCAGGGACAUGAUGGGAGGGAGGAGAAGUUGGCGGCUAGUGAGGUGUUCAAGGAGGUGUGGAAGAGGUGCACGAGCGAUGAAGGGUAUGGGGCUCUGCGAGAGCGAUGGCAGGCUGAGAAGAAGGCUUGGGAGAAGAGCGGGAAGAAGGUCAAGGAGGAGGAGGGGGAGGAGGACGUGAAGUCUCGGAUCAAAGAGGAAAGCGACGAUACCGGAUGA